AUGAGCACAAGCCCGCAAGAGCCAUGGAGGCUCUAUGUCGAACCCGGAAGGCGAUCUGUAUCCCUUAGCUCUUCACCAUCGUACCAACACUCUUUUGGGCCCCAUUCAGAAAACGAGCCCAACAACCAGCAGCCAGCUUUCAUACCUUUACAGAGAUCCAACUCUCAUCAUUCUUUUGGCGACCCAACACCCGUUUUCCAAAGCCGAUUUAACCCGGCUAACCUUCUGCCAGAACCCGUGGGUUUUAACCCACUUGGACCGGAAGACCACUUUUCAGGGGAAAACGACAUGGAUGAGGAUACUGACCCCGUGGAACCUGCAUCAGGAACGCCGAAUCAUCCCAUUGAGAUCUCAGAUGGGUCAUCAUUCCAUGGAUCGCCAUACCGCGGACCGGACAGUUUUAUGGACAAAUUCAAUCAGUAUGAUUGGUAUUUCACCCCGUCUGAGCACUCGCAUCACGAGCAGCAACAGGAUCCUUCGGUGGGUCAUCAAUUUGUGGCAGUCACGCCGCCGCCACCACCGCCAGUGGAGCACCAGCCGCCUUCGGAGCCACCGAGGCGGAGAAGUACUCCCCAGCCAUCAAGUGGCAGCCACUACCCGCCACUUCAGGAGGAAGAGGACCCGCAGAUGGGUGGUCCAACAAGCCCUAUACCAGAUGUCAACUCAGUACCUGUGGUACCACCUUUGGGUUUCGAUAACCCGAUUCCUGCGUAUGCUGGGUCAGCAGCAUACAACCCCUUCGAGCAGCCGGCGCACACCCACUACAACUACAACUACAACUACGGUUAUGCGGAGGUAGAUCCGUAUCAAGUAGCUCGGGAUUACAAUGCCCUUCACCCUGAAGGACCAUACGGAGGGCCAUGGACUACUGGUUACCCGACUUAUGGGUACCAGCAUCAGCCACCUCCUCCACCGGUGUAUCAGCCGCCACAGCCACAGAUUCAGCAGGAAGUCCUUGAAAGGCUGAACCACGUCGAACAAGAGGUUCGUGAAGACCGCAGAGAGCGGCAAGGUUUCUUCAAAGGGCUAUCAGAUUUGCUUAGGGGAAGUCGAAGAGGAGGGGUCAUUGAGAACCCUUUUAUUGUUAUUUAUGUUGUAAUUCAACGUUAUUCCAGUAUUCAGCUCAGCCUUGUGUUGUAUGCGUGA